AUGUUGUAAGGGCGCUUUUAGUGUCACGCGGAUUUGCUCACGCACGCGGGAUUGGCCCGCAUGCGUAGCAUCCGCAAAGAACAAUUUCAUAUAGGUAUCUAUUGUAAAGCGUGAUAAACGCACGCGGGACGCGGGGCGCUGUGCGGGGCGUCACCCCGGUGCGGGGUAUCCGCAUGCGUAAGCGCUGCCUACAACUUCAGUGCCCAUUUUAGAGUCGAGCGGGGCGCACGCGCCGUAUUGUACUACCGAAAUGAAAAUCGAUACAGAACGAGUAAUCAUUGAAGUUCAUCUGCGGCCCGUUUUGUGGGAUAAACGCAAUGAAUUAUACAAAAACAGGGACGCGAGGGAGGCUGCAUGGAGAGAUAUUUUGAAGGAAUUGGCACCUAACUACGAAAAUUUGAGCGAAGAGGAAAGAAAAGUGGCGGACAAGAAAAUACAACAACGCUGGCGAACAGCAAGGGACACUUACCAGAAAGACAAGAUAUCUGAAAAAAAUCAGCCAUCCGGCUCUGGGAGUAAGAAGAAGAAGAAAUAUUCUUACUAUGACAUUUUGACUUUCUUAGACAGUACAACGGAAACUGUUGGAGAAGAGUCACUCUGCGAAGAAAUGUCUGAACAAAGUAAUUUAGAAACACCUAAUGAGUCCACGCAACCAGGUACUUCACGUCAAGAAAGUUCUCAACUAACAUCAAAACAAAAACAAGUAAAAUCUAAAAAGCAAGCACCAUCUGAAUUUGAGGCACAGUUAUUAGAAUGCUUAAAGUCUAAUCAACUGGAGCUAGAAAGUGAGGAUUUGGCUUUCUUUCAGUCUCUGCAGCCUUCAUUAAAAAGAUUCACUAGAUAUCAAAAACUAAUGUUCAGAACAAAAGUGUUAAAUAUAGUUAUGGAAAUGGAAAGUCAAACACAACCUGCAUACUACAGUCCCAUACCUACAACAAGUUCUAGUGCUUUUACUGAGCUUGACAGUUUCUCACCGAUAAAUCAAGAUUACCAAACCAAUAGUAUAAUCCAGGAUACUUCGAGUCUUAACGACAAUGCUAUUAGUUCUGCUGCAGUGAAUGACAAUGAAACUCUUAUUUCGACUGAAAGCGGCUUGUUUAAUAUCACAUCUUAUGACGUAAUUUAUACCCCAGCAACAACAUCAUCUACAGGCGAAAGAAAUGUCAACGCUCAGGAUACAAAUUUACAAAGAAAUGAAUGAUGUAAAAUUUGAUUUUUUAAUUUAUGAAUAAAACUCUUUUUAUUAAAAUGA